GUAAAUGUUAGCAUUUGGGUGGCGUGCAGUUAUCCACUAACCACAGGGUCACAGAAGAAUACAUGCAGCCGUGCCGCAAGUGUUGGUUGGACCAUGUGACUGAGGUCUUUUUUUGAUGCUGAGGGGACGAGAGAGAGGGAGCGAGAGAGAGAGAGAGAGAGAGAGAGAGAGAGAUGGACAGACCUUCAACAGAUGCUGCAGCGGAGCGGACUAAAGCAGGAAGAGGAGGAGAAGAAGACACAUCUGCUUUCCAUUUUUUCAAAAGCAAGACAGGUGACAUUUGCUUUGAAGCUGCGGUUCGUCACCUGAACCGAGAUGCAUUUUCCUCGCUGAAGGGACUCAAACAAAGAUGGAGAACGUGUCUGAUCCCGGCAUGCUCUCCCCGGUGCUGUGCGAAGAGUCGGUGGACUACUACCUCUCCUCCGGCAACCGCACCGACCUGAACUGCACCCCUCCCGCCGAGUUCAACUUCUACACCGACCUGUACGUCAUCCUGCCCGUCAUCUACUCGGUCAUCUGCGCCGUGGGCCUGACGGGCAACACGGCGGUCAUCUACGUCAUCCUCAAAGCGCCCAAGAUGAAGACGGUCACCAACAUGUUCAUCCUCAACCUGGCCAUCGCCGACGACUUGUUCACGCUGGUGCUGCCCAUCAACAUUGGCGAGCACCUGCUGCACCACUGGCCCUUUGGCGAAGUCCUGUGCAAGGUCAUCCUGAGCAUCGACCACUACAACAUCUUCUCCAGCAUUUACUUCCUGACCGUGAUGAGCGUGGACCGCUACCUGGUGGUCCUGGCCACCGUCAGCUCCAAACGCAUGCCGUACCGCACCUACCGGGCGGCCAAGAUCAUCUCCCUGUGCGUGUGGCUGCUGGUCAUCCUCAUUGUGAUGCCGUUCAGCGUGUUUGCCGGCGUGGACGUCCGUCCCAGCGACGGCAGGAAGAGCUGCGUGCUCAGCUUCCCCGCCCCGGAGAGCUCGUGGUUCAAAGCCAGCCGCAUCUACACCCUCAUCCUGGGCUUCGUCAUCCCCGUCUCCACCAUCUGCAUCCUGUACACCGUCAUGCUCUACAAGCUGAGGAACAUGCGCCUCAACAGCAACGCCAAAGCGCUGGACAAAGCCAAGAAGAAGGUCACCGUCAUGGUCUUCAUCGUCUUGGCCGUCUGCUUGUUCUGCUGGACGCCCUUCCACCUCAGCACCAUCGUGGCGCUGACCACCGACCUCAGAACCACGCCGCUGCUCAUCGGGAUCUCCUACUUCAUCACCAGCCUCAGCUACGCUAACUCCUGCCUCAACCCUUUCCUCUACGCCUUCCUGGACGACAGCUUCAGGAAGGCCUUCAAGAAGAUGUUGGAAUGUCGACCGGCCUGAACGGAUAGUACUCCGAGAUUUGUGGUCGUUGUUGCAGGAACAAAGGAUGGUGUCCACGUCCUGAUGUCAACAAAUCAUGGACAACAUUUUCCACAAUGCUAGUUGGUGCUAGCUGACGGAACGUUUGUCCUUCCCAAUCCGACCUAUUGUCUAAUGAGAUCAUUCCCAAAUGGACAGAACAUACUGGAAUAUCAUAUUUCUAUAAAACCCAACAUAAGUACUGAUGCUGUGUACUGAUGUGUACAUAUACCUGAUGUACACAGGCAUGGGAAAGGAGGGCUACUUAUACUACUUGUACUACUACUGUACAUGUAAAGUACUGUAUGUUAUGUUACGUAUACAUUGCCUUAAGUUUUAAGUGUGAGCCUUUGUUGCCUCCCCCCCGACCUUGACCCUGACCCCCACCCCCACCCCCACCCCCGAUAACCACAGACCUCCAUUACAGUUAAAAAACAAGGAAGCCAUGCAAAAUCCUUGAAGGGGUAAACAUUUUAUGAAUGACAUAACAUGAAACAAAAUACUACGCCAUAUUACUACAUAUUACUACAAAUUAUUUGUUUAAAAUAUUCAUAUUUUUAACUUAAACUAAGCAAUUUCAGCUUCACAGUAAUCAUUAAAUGUGGGCUAAAAAAAAAAAAAAAAAAAAACAGGACUGCACGGUGGUCGAGUGGUUAGCACGCAGGCCUCACAGCUAGGAGACCAGGGUUCAAUUCCACCCUCGGUCAUCUCUGUGGGGAGUUUGCAUGUUCUCCCCGUGGGUUUUCUCCGGGUACUCCGGUUUCCUCCCACAUUCCAAAAACAUGCUAGGUUAAUUAGCCACUCCAAAUUGUCCAUAGGUAUGAAUGUGAGUGUGAAUGGUUGUUUGUCUAUAUGUGCCCUGUG